GAGCUCCUCUGUUUCCUGUGCAGCAGCUCCCGUUGCGGAGGCACCCGUAGCAGCCCUGGCGGACGAAGGAGCGAUGGCAGCGGCCGAUAUAGCUCGCCAGGUGGGCGAAGGUUGCCGAACUGUCCCCCUGGCUGGACAUGUGGGCUUUGACAGCUUGCCUGACCAGCUGGUGAAUAAGUCAGUCAGCCAGGGCUUCUGCUUCAACAUCCUGUGUGUGGGGGAGACAGGCUUGGGCAAGUCCACCCUCAUGGAUACCCUGUUCAACACCAAGUUCGAGGGGGAGCCGGCCACCCACACACAGCCAGGUGUUCAGCUCCAAUCCAAUACCUAUGACCUCCAGGAGAGCAACGUGGGGCUGAAGCUCACGAUUGUGAGCACCGUGGGCUUUGGGGACCAGAUCAACAAAGAGGACAGCUAUAAGCCUAUAGUGGAAUUCAUAGAUGCUCAGUUUGAGGCCUACCUGCAGGAGGAGCUGAAGAUCCGGAGAGUACUACACACCUACCAUGACUCCCGAAUCCAUGUCUGCUUGUACUUCAUUGCCCCCACAGGACAUUCGCUUAAGUCUCUGGACCUAGUAACCAUGAAGAAGCUGGAUAGUAAGGUGAAUAUCAUCCCCAUCAUUGCCAAGUCAGAUGCCAUCUCUAAGAGUGAGCUGACGAAGUUCAAGAUCAAAAUCACCAGUGAACUUGUGAGCAAUGGAGUCCAGAUCUACCAGUUCCCCACGGAUGAUGAGUCGGUGGCUGAGAUCAACGGAACCAUGAAUGCCCACCUGCCGUUCGCUGUCGUUGGCAGCACAGAAGAAGUGAAAAUAGGCAACAAGAUGAUGAGGGCGCGGCAGUAUCCUUGGGGGACUGUGCAGGUUGAAAAUGAGGCCCACUGCGACUUUGUGAAGCUGCGGGAGAUGCUGAUUCGGGUCAACAUGGAGGAUCUGCGGGAGCAGACCCACACCCGGCACUAUGAAUUGUACCGCCGCUGUAAGCUGGAGGAGAUGGGCUUCAAGGACACCGACCCUGACAGCAAACCGUUCAGUUUACAGGAGACAUACGAGGCGAAGAGAAAUGAGUUCCUAGGGGAGCUCCAGAAAAAAGAAGAGGAGAUGAGACAGAUGUUUGUCCAGAGAGUCAAAGAGAAAGAAGCUGAGCUCAAGGAGGCGGAAAAGGAGCUGCAUGAGAAGUUUGACCGUCUGAAGAAACUGCACCAGGAAGAGAAGAAGAAGCUGGAGGAUAAGAAGAAAUCCCUGGAUGAUGAAGUGAAUGCUUUCAAACAGAGAAAGACAGCGGCUGAGCUGCUCCAGUCUCAGGGUUCUCAGGCUGGGGGCUCGCAGACUCUGAAAAGGGAUAAAGAGAAGAAGAACUCUUACUGUUUUACAGUUAACUCUGCUGUUCGCUGCAUGCUGCAUGAGACCCAGGGUCCUGUAAUCCAUGGCUGUGUACUGAAUAGUAUGCCCUGCUACAGCUGGACUGGACUCCACUUAGCCUUUUAAGAGAAGGUUCUUAUUUUAACUGACAACUUUUUUAAUGGUGCCAGACAGCUGGGCCCUCCACCCCUGCUCUGGUACUUCAAGUUUCUCUCUCUCUCUCUCUCUUUUUUUUCUUUUUUCUUUUUCUUUUUCUUUUUUUUUUUUUUGAGUUCUGCAACUUGCUUCUGCAACUUGCUUCUGCCUCCCAGUCUGACUGGCGUGGACCAUGACCUUCUUCUUUUUUCAUAUUUUAAAGGUGGUUGUAUAAUCGCUACCUCUAAAACACACAAGGUGAUAAUACAUUUACAGGCAAAAGGGCAGAGCCAUUCUCUACAAUCAUAGUUAACACCCGGAAGCCAAGACCAAGCCCAGAGCAGAACUAGUUAAAAGCGAACAUGUCAGUGUGCACACUUUCUCUUUUUUGUGGUCAAAGAGAGAAGGCAAUGUUGAUGUGUACUGGCCUGUGGCCAGAGGCAAGUACAGGGUGACAAUGGGAAAGCAUGAGCUAAUUUCUUGGGAAAAACCAACUGGAAGUGGAGAAAUUCAGGUAACCCUACGCCUAGAGGUAAAACAGAAUAAGGCAUCACCACCAAAACAGAAAGCUCAAAGCAGAAUCCCCAAAUACCUUCAGUUACACAGUCAGUAGUCAGGGGAGUCAGGCUACAGAGUUAACUGAGUCUCCCUGAGAAAGACCUCUUAUCUGCAGCCAUAGGGUUCUGUGGGGUUUUUGUUUUUGAGACAGGUUCUUACUAUGUAGCUCUGGCAUCACAGUGUAGAUUAGGCUGGCCCUCAAAUUUACAGAGAUCUGCCUGCCUGUAUUUAAAGGCAAACACCAGCUAUGUGUAGACCCAGCUGUUUUAGGGGUUUUAAUUCAUUUUCCCAGAAAUGAGGCUUCUCCUUUGCAAUUGUAUAUAAAUUCACUACUUGAGGCUUGAGGAUUUCAAAAUACUUUGCAAGUAUUUGAGCUAGAAAACUUUUCAAAAACAAGGAGGAAUUGUACAUAAAGUGGGAACUUUUUGGCCAGCAUGGAUGAUGUAAUCCCCUAUGAGGAUACUGACAUGUAAAGAAAUGAAGGAAUUUAUCUGAGGUUCCACUGCUAUUUCUUGGCAAAGUCCAAGCAAAAUUUUGUCUCUAGGUUCCCAAUCCAUUUCACUAAGGGACCCAAGUAUUUGUGUGUGUUCCUGAAGACAAGAUUUUUUUUUUUUGAUGUUCAGAGAAACCAGUCGUUGUUAGAGGAGUCUUGAGGGUUUUCACGUUUUCACAUAGAAAAAAUAGAAUGGGAUGGAUAGGGGCAGGUGGAGAGAAGGCUCCAGGCCAGCUACCAUGAUGCCUGAUGGUCAGUUAGCUUUCCUAUAAAUCUGAACCAGGACCAGGCCAGUGACCCUUUCACUGGUACACUGUGUGGCUUCUUGUAAUCAGGGAACUUUGGUGGAGAUAAAAAGCAAUCAAACUCAUUAAAGAAAUUGAGAUGAUGCUAAAUUUCAUUGAGCAGCUCUUCUCCCUGUAAAUGGGAAGGUUUUUGUUUUUCUUCACUUGAACAUCAUUCUUUUUAUGUGUGAGAGACAGGAUUUCUUUGUGUAGCCCUGGCGUCCCGGAACUAGCUCUUGUAGACCAGGCUGGCCUUGAACUCACAGAGAUCCGCCUGCCUCUGCCUCCCAAGUGCUGGGAUUAAAGGCCUGCGCCACCACUGCCGAGCAUUGAACAUCUUUUUAAUCAGUACGGUUGUUACUAUUCUUUAAAAAUACUCAAAAAUCUGUUUACUUCUAGUGAAACAAAAACCAUUAGAUAUGAUCUGUGCUUUUGUUUUUCUAGACUAGAAUGGAAUGGCUUUCCUGAAACACACACACACACCAUUCAUUUCUCUGAAGCCAACAAGUCUGGUUUCCCCACCUAGUUUGGAUCUUUUUUAAAAAAUCAUUUGGCACUCACAUGUGGCUGUUAAUAUGUGCUUAUUUUUUAAUUAAAGCAAGACUCAUUAAA